AUGGCCACGUCCGGUGCAUUUGGCGGGAAAUCCUUCCUUGCCGCCGCGGCCAGGCCUUCUUCGAACGUCGACCGGGUGACGGCCCUUUUCUUGCACCCGGGCAUCACCGGGGUAUUUAAGAACGUGGAAUGGCCAGAACAAUUUCCGUUCGAAGAUGAGGAUUUUCAGCGGGAUGAUGUAUCUCCAGAUUCUUUGUUCUACAAGGCUCCUCGUUUCGUUACACAUAUAGAUGAUCCAGCCAUUGCUGCACUUACUAUGUUUUACUCAAAGGUCUUACCUCCAAGCAACAGUCCAGGAGUCAGCAUCCUCAAUAUUUGUAGCAGUUGGAUAAGCCAUUAUCCAGAAGGAUAUAAGCAAGAGAGGAUAGUAGGAAUGGGAAUGAACGAGGAAGAGCUCAAGCGCAAUUCGGUCCUGACUGAGUACAUUAUCCAAGACUUGAAUGUGAAUCCUAAACUUUCAUUUGAAGAUGAUUCCUUUGAUGUUAUCACCAAUGUGGUCAGUGUUGACUAUCUGACUAGGCCUCUUGAUCUUUUCAAGGAGAUGUCUCGGAUUCUUAAGCCAGGAGGUCAGGCAAUAAUGAGUUUCUCCGACCGUUGCUUUUGGACCAAAGCGAUCUCGAUAUGGACAUCGACAGGUGAUACAGAUCAUGUUUUGAUUGUUGGGUCGUACUUUCAGUAUGCAGGAGGAUUCGAGCUUCCUCAGGUAAUAGAGAUAUUACCUAUUAGUUUCACUUGCUAACAUGUAGCGAUGCUAAUCUCUUGAAAAGCAAAGAUACUUAUCGCUUUAAUAUGAAGAGAGUAUGUCAUAAGCAAAACCAGCUUCUGA